UCAUGAAAAAAAAAAAAUAUAUAUUCGUGUUAUUAAAUGUUAAAAACUUUUUAGACAUUUUAUUUAUCCAUGGAGGGAAACUAAUUGAAAUUAUCGAUUGCUAUCUCUGCAUGUUUUGAUGUAUAACGUAGAGAGGGCAUACCAUACAUUUUUUAUGAGUCUUUAGUAAAAACUCAAAAACAAAAUAAAUUAUUAUAUAGAAAAUACAAAAAUAAUCUAUAAGAAGUACGUAAAGAUUAUUAAAAAAGCAUUGAAUGAAAUUAUGCUUUCAUCUAUAAACAUUUUUAAAUUUCACAAUUUAUGAUAUCUAUUGCCCAUAUUCGCAUAUUGUAUCUUAUCUUUUGAUAACGACUAACACUUUUAUAUUUGAUUUUAUUCGGAUAUAUAUAAUUUAAAUUUUAUUCUUCGAACAUUAUUUAUCAUAUGCAGCGGAAAGAAAUACGUACAAUGUAACUCCUUUUUUCCCUUUAAAUCUAUUAAAUCCGCUUAUUAAUACUAUUUACAUAUUUAAUAAAAUCUUUAACGCGUUGAGUACGCUUUUAUAUAUAAAUGCAUACAAAUCCGCGGCCUACUAAUUAUAUAUUCUCCGAAAAAAUACUACGCGGUAUACGAUCUUACUCUUUCUAUUCUGCCAUCACCAGGUCAACAUCCGAUCAUCGAGACAUUCUCAAUCGGCUAUUCAAUCAUCCUGAAUCUAAAAGAGACGAAAUAAAAGAAGAAAAUCGAUCGGAUCUCUAUAUACGGGAGAUCACGAAGUGCCGAUUGCCGCGAGUCUAUUACAACUCGAAUAGUAUCGGUAGCGGCAUUUUGCGGAGAAAGUUGAUUGGCUCGAGGCGGCGAGCGCGGUGAUGGUGGGGGAAGCACUUCCAACAAGAGGGCGGAUUGGUUCAGUUACGCACGUACGCGCGCUAUCAGUCGGUAAACGUACGCCGUGUUGUACGGUUUAUUCGUUUGUAAUUUUGUCCUGGGGCAAGUGUUCGCGCGUGUUAUCCGUUUCACGAGCUUAAACACAACUAACGUAAGCUCCUCAACACGCCGCGCGUACUUACGCUUCUCUGUAUGCCGUGUCGUUGUGUUUGUCUUUUCGCGCGUCAAGGGGAUCGUGGUCCCGAUGUGAUAAAUGUAAUAAUGCAGUCUGACAAAUAUAAUGCAGUGAAGUGAAACGUGUCCUGGGCGCGGCGAUUCCGGCAGAAGGAAGGAAGAGAAGCUGGCCGGCAUGUACACGCAGUCCAGCCGCGGCAUCACCACUGCUGCUGUCAUAUUGGCGAUGUUCCUCUGCCGGAUUUGCUCCGCCGAGGAACAGCCAGGUUCCUCUAGUGGACCCGGUCUCCUGGAAUCUUGCAACGUCACUGCCGACGGACGGGAGUUCUCCUGCCGCGGGGCUGGAUUCCUGUCCAUCCUGGAACCUCUCGAUGUCACUGUACUUCCAUCCACAGUCAAUCUUACUAAACUAGACCUAACGAGCAACAACAUAACAGACAUUCCAGCCCGUGCCUUCCAUCGAAUUUUCAAUCUUGAAGUGCUAUUACUCCGACGAAAUCAUUUGCACACGAUCGCCGACGAUGCAUUUACGAACUUAACGAGCCUUCGAGUAUUGGAGCUCGAUGACAAUUAUUUAACAAAAAUUCCGACCGCGAUCGUUAAGCUCUCUGGCCUUGAAGACCUGUCCCUGUCGAACAACCGGAUCGAAACACUGGAAGAACACGUUUUUCAACGUGUCACUAAUCUAUUGUCGCUCGAUUUACGCGGAAAUCCGAUCAAGGAAAUACACGGCAACACUUUCCGCAAUCUACGCAAGCUCCGUAAAUUGAUCCUUUCGAAUCUGAAAGAAUUACGGAUAUUUCCGAAUCUAAAUGGGACAAAAUCGCUGGAGGUAUUGAGGUUAGAUCGCGCACAAGUGACGAGCGUUCCAACAAGUUUGUGCGAGCAGUGUCCAAAAUUGAAAAGUCUCGACAUGAAAUCGAAUUUUCUAACGGAGAUGCCAAAUUUACGAAAUUGCAGCGAACUGAGGGUUCUGGAUUUGGCCAGUAACGUGAUUCCUUCACUGCCAGAUGAGCCGUUUAAAGGUCUGAACAUGUUACACGACCUGCUUCUGUCGAACAACAAGCUGCAAGUGAUCCCAAGCGACGCGUUCGUCGGGUUGUCAAGGUUGCAGGUGUUGGAUCUAGAGAGCAAUUACAUCGAAUAUAUUCAUCCCGAUGCGUUUAAAGAGACGAAACAUUUAGAGGAUUUAAAUCUCGGAAAUAACGUAUUUCCAGCACUUCCAACAUUGGGACUGUCAGGCCUGUUACACCUCAAGACGUUCAACAAUCCAGCAUUAAGAGAAUUCCCGGCUCCCGAAAGGUUUCCACGUGUGCAAACGAUGGUACUGUCGUACGCUUAUCACUGUUGCUCGUUCCUGUCGGUCGAAGUGGAGGAUCCGGUGACCAAGUCCUCCGUUCAAGAGUCUAUCCUGUUCCCCACUGACAAUGAUUUCGAUAUGAUCCUUUGGAACUCGAGCUUUACCGAUAUCUGGCCACAGCUUAAUAACAUGACCGACAAAUUUGGCUCGCAAAUAAAUGAACUUUGGGCUAACUUUGGUUCAGAUUUUACGUACCCUGGUAACCUGCCCUCAUACGUUGAGGAUUAUUUUGAAGAGCAGAACAGCCGAGCUACCCAACCAGCUCGAACACUGCCUUCUCACGUACAGUGCCUACCUCAGCCUGGUCCUUUUCUACCCUGCCAGGAUCUCUUCGACUGGUGGACCCUACGUUGUGGUGUAUGGGUAGUAUUUCUGCUCGCCAUGCUUGGGAAUGGAACUGUAGUGUUCGUGUUAAUAUUCUCCAGGAGCAAGAUGGAUGUCCCACGAUUUCUCGUUUGCAACCUUGCAGCAGCAGACUUUUUUAUGGGCAUUUAUCUAGGUCUUUUGGCGGUGGUGGACGCUUCUACCCUAGGAGAAUUCCGGAUGUACGCUAUACCAUGGCAAACUUCCGCUGGAUGCCAGUUGGCCGGCUUUCUAGGUGUUCUCAGUUCUGAGUUAAGCGUGUAUACGUUAGCAGUUAUUACUCUAGAAAGGAACUACGCCAUAACACAUGCCAUGCACCUGAACAAGAGACUUUCCCUCAAACACGCUGGUUAUAUAAUGACUGCUGGCUGGGGUUUUGCUCUGUCGAUGGCAAGUUUACCCCUAGUCGGUGUAUCAGAUUACAGAAAGUUCGCUAUAUGCUUACCAUUCGAGACCAAUGGAAACGCGGCGUUGGCGUACGUGAUCUUUCUCAUGCUGAUCAAUGGCGUUGCGUUUCUCAUAUUAAUGGGAUGCUAUCUGAAGAUGUAUUGCGCGAUCAGAGGCUCCCAAGCGUGGAACUCAAAUGAUUCUCGAAUUGCUAAGCGGAUGGCUCUGCUGGUGUUCACCGACUUCCUCUGCUGGUCUCCCAUAGCGUUCUUCUCGCUGACUGCCACGUUUGGGUUGCAGCUGGUGUCGCUCGAACAGGCGAAAGUAUUCGCCGUGUUCGUACUGCCAUUAAACUCCUGUUGUAACCCGUUUUUAUACGCCAUCUUGACCAAACAGUUCAAGAAAGAUUGCGUACUUAUUUGCAAGGCGAUCGAGGAGUCCAGGGUGACCAGGGGGAUCGGCAGAUGCCGGCAUAGCUCCAACUUCAGCAACAGGCAGACUCCUGUAAAUACGAAUAGCCUGGUGGAUAGGUCGUCGCGAGAGAAUCAGGCACCGUGCGCCUGUAAUUCAAGAUUACUUGAAACUAGCCAGUGUUCUGGCUAUCGACGAUGGGGCACCAGGAUACUGUGGCCAUGUGCCAGGGACACCAGGCCUAGACACGCACGUAGCGAUCAGUACGCUUAUCAGAUCGCGGAGAUCCAACAGAAGCAGCAUAAACGUGCCUCGUCGGUGUCCUCCAGUGAAAACUUCUCUUCGUCUAGAUCGGAUUCCUGGAGACAAACUCAUCAUUGCGGUAUUCCAUUGAGGUUAUUGGAUCCUAAACGAAGAGCUUCUUCGUGGUUGAUCACCAGGAAACCGUCGCAAGAAUCGAACCUCAGUUCCUCCAGGAACGAUUCCUCCGGUUCCGCUACUACUGCCAGCACCAGCACUUGGAGAAUUUCAAGGUCUAGUGCAUCUUUAGAGAUUAAUGCGAGAAACACGCCCAGACCGACUAGGUCAAAGCCACGACUUACCCGUCAGCUGGCCAUCCAGGAGCCUGAACCACCCGGAUCACCAAGCAGAUUAGCCGUCAGGCUCCUCGCAACCAUACCCUCCGCGGCAGAGACCAGUGACCAGCAAGAUGACGACAAUACGCCGCAAAAUUGAACGAUCUUGUACACACUUCAGUUUAUUAGAGAUUAUAGUCGGUUGUAAUAGAGUAAAGACAUGGGUCACGUUGCUCCCGAACGGUUUCAGUAUUAAGUGUCCUCUAAGAGGUAUGUGAGGAAAGAGAGAAUCACUUCGUACAUUGACGAUUCUCGUUGUUGCAUGUUUGAGGUGAUUUGAGCGGAGAAAAAAUUGACAAUUUAGUAGAAAUUCUUCUUUCAACGUUUGUGAUUAAAUACGUUGUUUGUAAUAUACAUAUAUAUAUAUAUAUAUAUAUAUAUAUAUAUAUAUAUAUAUAUAUAUAUAUAUAUAAUGUUGUUUAAAAAUAUUACGUCUUUAUUUUUUGUUUUCUUCUGGAUUGUUUCUUUGGUAAGGAGUUUUUUGUAUUGAAAAAUCUGCAAGACGUUGAAAGAGGAAGAAUAUAACUAUACUUUUAUUCUCUUUAUACAAUUAUUUAUGCUAAUUUCAAUAGAAGAGCAAACGAUGUCGUAGAUCGUUUGGACUAGUGGAAGAAACAGGAUCGAUCUACCUUUAUUGACCGUCCGUUACACGUGCACAUAGGCAAUUGCACCAAGUGCAACUGGUGAAUACAAUAGUCAUAUUCGUUAAAUACUGCCAAGGAUUUUUAACAUGUUGACUGUCAAAGGAAUUUUAUACUUUUUACGAAUAUUUCGUAAAAUGAUAUUUCGUUUAUAUCAAUAUAAAAAGAAAGUAAAGACACAACAGCAAAGAAAUUGCUACAAUAUUUUUCAUAUGUAAUGUUUAUUUCUAUGUAUAAGAGUAAUCUGAAAAUUUAUCACGUAUUAUAAAGUUUCAUCAAAAAAAAAAAUUUCCAAGACAGGCAACGUGUUUAUUUAAUAGUAUAACAUACUAAUUUAAUUUGACAGAAGAAUUCAAACAUAUGAAGAAAUACGUCAAUUUCAUUGGGUCUUCUACCAUAAGAAGAGUUGUAACUUCAAAUCCAUGACGAUGAACUCAACGUUCUACUAUAGUUUUCAAUUAAAAUUAGAGCGUUGAACUAUUUAUUGAUAACUUAAAAAUAGGGCACACAGUAUUCUUUCUUCUUCUCUUUUUUUCUUUUUUUUUUUUUUGUGGAAAAUUAUUCGACUCAAUAGGAACUCGAAUACUUCUUUAUUCGUUGUUCAAAAGAAAAUCUGUUUAUCGCGGAAUCAGUAUUUCAAAUCCAUUGUUCGAUUGUUAAUAAGUAUGCUUGUGUUAUCAUAAGACUGAUCGUUUAUACAAUUUGUCCUAUAAUUCUGGAUUUCUAGUUAAAAAUCUGAACACGUAAUACGAUUUCUAAUCAAGUAUCAUGAUACCAGUGACGAAAUAUCUAACGAUUAAUUUAUUUGUUGAUAUCCAAGUUGGUCGAUAAAUUCUUAAAUAAGUUGGAUUACAUUGAAAUUUUAAUGUACUCAAUGGAUAAAUCCUUUUUAUGUGAAAACAUCUUUGUAGGGCAGGAAAAUUGAUCUUAGGCUGAGUCAUGUAACAGUAUAUAAUUAUUUGAGAAUUUAUAGACUAACGUGAAGCCAAUGUAUUCAUUGCUGUGAUCGUUAAUCACAAAGAUGAGCGACCAUAGAUUUGUGCAGUUAUAGUUAGUUGAUCGUUAGGUCACAGUUAGACCAUUCUAGCCUAAAGACUAUUAUAAGAUCGUUACGGCGUGUGCAGAUGUUUAUACAUGGUUUUAAAUUAAUGACAAAGAUAUUCGCUAGUAUUAGUUACCGGACUUAAUUGUUGAUGAGUGCGUUAUUUCGUUCUUCGCGCGAUUGUUUCCGUGUUUAAUGCCGUUUGAGACCCUCAGAUUGUAAUUCUUGCCUUUUUGGAAGGAUAUUCUAUAGUUACAUCCAGUUUUAUCAAAUAGGCAGUACUUUUUAGACUUUUAAUAAAACUUAGGAAAGAAAAUUAAUUAGAAAUUAAUAAAAAAAUUAUAAAAUAAUCUUAUAUAUAUUGUAUUAUACAUUAUAUAUAAAAUAAUUAUCCGUAAGAAAAAAAAAACAACACACUUGAUCACUGCAACCUGAUAAAACUAUUUGGACUAUAGACUUUAAAAUAUUGUUUCAGAAUCAGAAUUUACAUCUGAAAAUCUUGAACUGUAUAAACUGUAUGAACCUAAGCCACAGAAGGCUAGAAAUUCUAAUUUGCUGCAACCAUGUCUAAUUUUGUCGGCAGUCAACAUUGGUAUAACACCGAUGGAAAACAUGUUUUGCGUGUGUGUCCGGUCCAAACUAUUUAAUAACGUUUUUCUAAUAAAAUAGCGCAUUACGACGAACUGAGUUGUUGCAUUGUGUUACCCUGGAAAAAGAGAGAGAGGGAUAGAAAGAAGAUUCAAUAAGACUAAAAAAAGAAAAGAAGAGACGGAAAUUAGCUAAAAACUUUAGAAUUUUAUGAAAUUUCUUUAUUUUUGAAAAAUUUCUCUAUCACAUUACAAGGAAGACCUAUUUCGCCAUUAAAACAGGCGAACAAUAUAAUAGUAACAUAGUAAGACGUGUAAAAUAAAUCCAAGUUCGAAUAGCCCGCGCUUUGCGCCGGCGCAUAAAUACCUCGCCAGCUGAAAACAUGUGACUUUAAGUCGAAUUAUUGUUAAAUCGAAUUAUUGUCAUACUUUAUGGUACAAGGGUAAAAAUGAAACGUCAUAUCGAUUAAUGUCCUAAAUAUUUAACUUUAAUGAACAUUUAAUUAUUGCUUUAUAACGGCAAAUUAGCUUGGUAUACAUUUCAGGUACUUUAUUUAAAUAUUGAAAACGUUAAAAUAUGUAUUCUGAUGGGAUCUUUUAAUAUGUAAAAAGUAGUUCUCAGAAUUGUAUUUUAUAAAUAUUUUAAAAUCCAUUAGGACCAAGAAGUGUUUGAUUUAUAAAAUUACGAAGAAGCAGAUCAAGAAUUCUAAAGCAGUUGCAGAUCAUUCCCUUUCGAAGAAUUAUAUCAUUGAAGACAGGAUAUAGAGGCUAAGCAUAAUGUACAGUUUGAGUCUCACAUUUUCAACUGGUAGUAUAUGUAACUUAUGAAGUAACGCGUACCUUUGAACUAUACACGUAUUCUUCCUUUCCGCAUCUCUUGCAUUCUAUCGUUCACUCUUCGUCUCUACCAAUAAUCAGUAAACUGGAGUCAGAUUUCAGUAUCAAGCGAUAUAACAUAUAACGCGAUAUACACAAUUUUAAAAACUGUCCUUUAUAAACAUCACUCGUAAUUAUAAAACACAUUUUGAUCUCAAGUGUUCUAAGAAAUUCUACGCACUGUGAUGGCCUUUUAACGGGUCCAUUAAGUACCAGCGUUUGUAUGUAUUAUGUUGCUUGAAACCUUCGUUUUCCCUAGAAUUUUGACAACGACUUCGUCACGUUUCAUUACACUUGUUUCAAAAUUCUUUCUCUUUCUAAAUUCGAUCGUUCCAGAAUUUAUAUGCUUUUUGGAUAAUUUGCACUCUUAUACCACGAUGAGAUGCUCCACAGAUUUUUUUACAACUUCUAUCGCCAUAAUUCGGUGCUAACGACAAACGUAACGUUUCAAACGAUUCGUUCGAUAUCAAUAAUAUUAAACACAGGAAAAGGGGACGAACGAAAUUAAUUACUACGGAAUACCAGGGGAAGAGAUAACAUAACGUUCCUGAGAAACUUAUAUCGAAUUAUUUUUUAAACGCUCGCUUUCCGACAUAUUGUUGCUGGGCUAUCAUAUGAGGUAAGAAAGAUUGCAGAUUACCACUUGCAUCAUGGUACACACGCAUACCACGUACGUCGGAAGAAUUAACGAAAAAUCGAAGAGAGAAAAACAGCCAGACUCUACCACUCAAGCUAACAAUAAGUCAGUGUAUAUAACAUACUUUUAUUUUUAACUAUAAAGUACACAUAUUCACAGUACUUCGCUUUUAAGAAUGUUCUAAGAUAUUCUCAUCGUUUUAAUCGCUACUAUCUUUCCAACAAGUUAUUACGAAUUCUCAACAGCUAUUAAUUAUUUGUAGGAAUGGUUAACGUUAUAUUACGUUCGCUUAAGAACUACAUAAAACAGUUCGAAGAGAACGAGAAGACUAUUGAAAGGGGCACGUAUGAUACAUAGAAUAUUCACAACCUGGCAAACCAUCUUAAAGCUGGUACUUAAUGGGUCGAUCACGAAGUAACACGUUAAAACGAAGCUGACACAUUUUAUUCUCACAGAAAUUGUCAGCGAUCGAUGAUGUAUCUGCAUAGUUCUCGACGACUCUGCGUUCGUCCGAGUCUCUUGGAACGGAAACGUUGGAAGGAGAAGCCAGCGAACUUAGUCGUAUUACAUCUUUCGAUUAUCAUUCUAUAAAUUCAUACAAUAAUAAAUCGUUUUACGAUCUCAUAAAUCGUGCUCGAUAUUGCAACAGACGAGAAGAGAAUCUCGCCUUACAAGGACGGUACACGAUUUUUCGGACGGCCUGUGAUUUCUUUUCCCAGUCGAGAAAGGUUCCCAGGUUUCACGCAGGGAAUACAAUUUACGGUUUGCACGAGGAAAGAGCUAGUUAAAAUUGACCUUUGCUUUUAUUCCGUAUAUCAGCUUUUACGAUAAAUCAUACAACCAUAAAGAUGUCACGCGGUUUGAUCAACGACUUAAAUCGUGGGAUUCUGCCGGGGAACACGAGUGUCACACGUGUUACAUAUUACUAUUACAAGAUUUUCUCACUUAUUAAUUCAUUGCAGUCUUAAGUUUUUAAUCGAACGUAAUGCAUCGUAUAACUAUAGGAAAAUUGAUUUCAUUCGAAGAUAAAACCUUUUCGCGGAACAAUCGGAUACAAGCUGAAGAAGAAAUAGAGUUCCAGCCUCACCGCUUUUAAGCUUCUACGUUUAUAUGUACACGGACAUACUUGUGUGUGCAUGUGUGUGUGUACAUAAUGUAUAUACGUACAUAUACAGUGUAUAUACAUAAAAUGAGAAAAAUAUGAUAAGAAAGGAAGAAACCACUUCGUCCUGAAGCAAUAAUAAGUUAAUUCUACAGUCUGACCAAAAACAGUCAGUCACUUAAGGUCACUUUCUUAAUUAGAAAUCAUCGUACCCUUUCCUCCUCGCUGAACCUUUAUCUCGAUCAUUUUUCAACGCUGUUACAAAGGGAGUUAGAUAGUGCUUUCCAUUCCGUACUAAUAAUAUUCUAAGCUUUCAGAUUUCUAGGUAAUCCGUGUGAUAGCGUUCUCCACUAUUAUAAUGAUGAACGUACAAUAAUGUAAUAAAGGAAGUCUCGCAAAUUCUAAAAUUUAUGAAACAACAGAGAUUAUUCGAUGGCCUUGAACGACUAAUUGAUUUCAGGCAGACCAUAAUAGUCUCAACGCUAAAAGGUGAAGUACAACAGGUGUCGCAAUAUUAUGAACGAGACGUUUGAAAAAAGAAAGAGAAAA